UUCUCAUUCGGGAGGAACAGCUGAGCUUCGGUCAGUAACAGGGAGUGAGUCUGCAGCGAACAUCCGACAUCCAACAUGUCUCUGUCCAACAAACUCACCCUCGACAAGGUGGAUGUGAAAGGAAAGCGAGUCGUUAUGAGGGUCGACUUCAACGUGCCCAUGAAGGACAAAGCAAUCACAAACAGCCAGAGAAUUAAGGCUGCACUCCCAUCCAUCCAGCACUGCUUAAACAAUGGUGCAAAAUCAGUGGUGCUGAUGAGCCACCUGGGCCGACCCGAUGGUGUUCCCAUGCCUAAUAAGUACUCUCUGGAGGCUGUCGCUGCAGAACUCAAGAACCUACUGGGCAAAGACAUUAAGUUUUUGAAAGACUGUGUCGGUUCAGAAGUGGAAAGUGCCUGUGCCGAUCCUCCCGCAGGCUCUAUUAUUCUUCUGGAGAACCUCCGCUUCCAUGUGGCUGAAGAGGGCAAGGGCAAAGAUGCUUCAGGCAACAAGACUAAAGCAUCUAAGGAAGAGAUUAACACUUUCAGGGCCUCCCUGUCCAAGCUGGGUGACGUUUAUGUUAAUGAUGCCUUUGGAACAGCACACAGAGCUCACAGCUCCAUGGUUGGAGUCGAUCUGCCUCAGAAAGCUGCAGGAUUCCUGAUGAAGAAGGAGCUGGACUACUUUGCCAUGGCCUUGGAGAAGCCACAAAGACCUUUCCUGGCCAUCCUCGGAGGGGCGAAAGUCAAAGAUAAGAUCCAGCUGAUCAACAACAUGCUGGAUAAAGUAAAUGAGAUGAUUAUUGGAGGCGGCAUGGCGUUCACCUUCCUCAAGGUCCUCAAGAACAUGGAGAUCGGCAACUCCCUGUUUGACGAGGAGGGAUCUAAAAUUGUCAAAGAUCUGAUGGCUAAAGCAGAGAAGAAUGGCGUCAAGAUCACCCUUCCAGUUGACUUUGUCACCGCAGAUAAGUUUGACGAAAAGGCCGCCACUGGAAAGGCUACGGUGGCUGAAGGCAUUCCAGCAGGCUGGAUGGGUCUGGACUGUGGGUCUGAGAGCUCCAAGAUCUACGCAGAGGCAGUAGGGAGGGCUAAGCAGAUUGUGUGGAACGGACCUGUCGGUGUGUUUGAGUGGGAUAACUUUGCCAAUGGAACCAAGAGUCUGAUGGACAAAGUUGUGGAGGUGACCAAAAACGGCUGCAUCACCAUCAUCGGUGGUGGGGACACAGCUACCUGCUGCGCCAAGUGGAACACUGAAGACAAGGUGAGCCACGUGAGUACAGGAGGUGGAGCCAGUCUGGAGCUUCUGGAGGGGAAAGUGUUGCCUGGUGUUGAUGCCCUCAGCAAUGUCUAAGCAGCUGGCACUUUGUUUACUGGAGCUGAUGAUGCUCACCCUGAAGGGACUCUUGUGCUUGUCUGCUGUCUUGGCCUCUGUUUAUUGGUGUCAGUGUUCAGGGUCACAUGUAACAAAUAGCGUUAUCUCUGCUGGACAUUAUCAUCAGUUCUUUACUUCACUUAGUCUACACUUUUGUUCCCAUUGCUUUUUCACCACACUGAGCUGUUCUGCUGUUUUUCAGUAUGUAAAGUGUGAUGCUACUGAUACAUCGAUUACACCUUUUUGUUUCACCUGCUCAAGUGUUUGUGUAUGUGUGUCUUUGUGUCAUUAAUGUAUAGCCAGUAAGCAUAUUCACUACAGCAUACAGUGUGUGAGUGUGUGAUCCAACCAUCAUCUUUUUGUCACCUCUGAUGUUAAAGUGUAGACUGAUUUCAUUUUGCACUUGUGAUCUUGGUCCUAUGGCUUAUAAAAUAGAUCCCUUGUCAAGUAAAUUAACUGCCCAGAUGGUCUAAGUAGUCUAAUAUGGACUUCAAAUAAAAGGUUAAAAACA